CCGUCACGAAUUGAGUGGAAAAGUUCAUCAGAGCCGUAGAAACUUCAUGUGGGAUGCGCAGAUUGAAACUGCCUCUCCUCAACAUCACUGCACGAGCCGCUGAUUGUCACAUAACUUCACAAACUUGUUCACAUCACAUGAUGAUGUUUAGUUUAUUAUUCUGUCUGGUAUUUGUUGGCUCAGCGCACGCGGAUAAACGCGCAGUGGAGAUGAAUAAGAGCCUGGUGGCGACUUCCUCACCCGCACUGGAUCACCCGAGCUCCACAUCAUCCCACCAUCAUCAUCACCAGCACCGCGAGGAGGAUGACGGUCGUGAAGAUCUCGCGACCCGAGCACAUCACCCCCCGAGAGUCCCACGCGGAUCUAAAUCAAAGCUGAAAGACCGACACCCGGUUCUUCAUGGCCACCAACACCCGAGACCCCAUCCCGACCCGGACGGGUUCUUCACGACACCCAGAACCUUCAACGGGUCACUGCGCGUGCACAACCCGCUAUACCCGCUGACGGAGGAGUCGUACAGCGCGUACGCGCUCAUGCUGCUGGCGCUCGUCGUGUUCUCCGUGGGCAUCGUGGGCAAUCUCGCGCUCAUGUGUAUCGUGUGGCACGACUAUUACCUGAAGAACACGUGGAACUGCGUGCUGGCCAGUGUGGCGUUCUGGGACUUCAUGGUUCUGUUCUUCUGUCUGCCUGUCGUCAUCUUCAAUGAGUUGACCAAGAGAAGACUCGCGGGUGACCUGUCGUGCAGAAUAGUGCCCUACGUGGAGGUGACAUCCCUCGGCGUGACCACGUUCUCUCUGUGCGCUCUCAGCAUCGACCGUUUCCACGCGGUGACCAGCGUUCAGCCCCGGCCGCGUCAGGUCGAGGCCUGUCAAUCAAUCCUGGCCAAACUCUCUGUGAUCUGGGUGGGUUCUCUGGUGCUGGCGUCUCCAGAGCUGCUGAUGUGGCAGCUGGUCCGGGACGUUUCUCCUCGCACGGGUCUUCCGCUGGACUCCUGCAGUCAGGAGCCGUCUGUGAAUCUGCCCGAGUCUCUGUACUCGCUCGUGCUGACGUACCAUCAGGCCCGGAUGUGGUGGACGUUCGGCUGUUUCUUCUGUCUGCCUCUUCUCUUCACCGCCGCCUGUCAGCUGCUCACACGUCACGUGACGGAGGAAAACGCCAAGCACGCCCGGCCGUCCUCCUCUUCCUCCACCUCAUCGCCGAAGAAACGGCAGCGGGCGCGUCGCGAGCGUCAGCUGACACGUACAGUAGUGGCGCUGGCGGUCAUAUACGCCACGUGUAGUUUACCAGAAAACGCCUGGAACAUCAUCCUGGCCUACGCGGGCGUGGAGGUGGGCGUGGCCACGCGAGCGCUUCUGGCUCUGAUUGGUCAGUUCCUGUUGUUUGUGCGAGCGGGGGCCACGCCCAUUAUUCUGCUCUGCAUCUGUCGGUCUCUCGGGCAGGCGUUCAUGGACUGUUGCUGCUGUUGUUGCGAUGAGUGCGCGCCGGACCCGUCUUCAUCAUCAUCAUCAUCGUCUGCAUCCACCAACGCAACAGCCGUCUCGUCAUCACCUUCAUCUCCUGCGUCUGUUCAAGAGGAGAAACUGAAGAUCGUCUCAGGGGCGUCGCCCGCCGUGUUCUUUGAUCAAGUUAAAGACGGUCCUGCCGAGCUGAUCAUCGGAACACCGUGUUAGAGUUUCUUCGGUUCAUAUCCGUGUCUAAACUGUGAAGGAUUUAUAUUCCAGUGAAGGAAUAAUUCACCCAAAACCUUCUGUUAAAAUAGGAACUUCGCAAACAAUAAAUAAAUAAUGAAAUUGUCAAACACAAUGUUUGUUUACAAUCUCAGAUCAGUCGAAACUUGUUCUAAGUUACAGUAUCAACACAUAAAUUGUUUACUUCUAGCUGUUUAUGCAUCUUCAGUUUUUUAACUAUGAUACGAAUACACUGGGAUAUGUAUUUUUGAUGUGUUGUUGUCAUCCAAUAAAACUACGCACAGCAAAUCUUUAUGAUCUGCAGCUUUCAAAUCUCAUUUACACUUUAAAUUCGGUCGAAUAAAAAAACUGAAGUUGCGUUUAUUUUUGUUUUCUGGUUCAAUCUCCAUUUAAAAAAACAACUGUUUUUCAUUUUGCUGUUUUGUAUUUUAUAUAUAAGUACACAUCAACAGUAGUCUGGUGUAAACUUUACUUUACUUGUCUUGUAUUAAUAAUUAAUAUUUUGUUUAUGAUGAGAAACCUCGUAUUGCUGGAUGGACAGUCAGGCAAACUUGAAAACAUUUCAAUGCAUUUUAUUUGAUUUUUAAACUGUCUGUUGUUUUGAAAGCAAACGUAUAAAAUGGAGAAAAUCGGUUGUAAACGCAAGAUGACAAUUUAUGUUCUUUUGAAGAGAUAAUUGUGUUUUUGUGAAUCAGACAGACUGUUUAUCAAAGAGCGUCUGAUGUCAAUCUGCUGGAAUUCCCUUUAUAAACUCUCAGACAAACGACUUAUGUCAACUAUGAGGAAAAUAAUCGUAAAACCUUCUUUUGUGACUUUAACGCGUGAUUUAGAGGAUGACCGUAAUACCUAAUAGUGAUAUUGUAGCUGUGCAGAUCUUUAGCGUCAGGGUUUUUCUAUCUUUUCUACAAUAAAAGAGUUUGAAAUCGUAGUGAUGUUCAUGAAUUUGUCUUUUGCACACAAGAGUGAAUGUAGUGCUGAGUGUUUCUCAAGGAUUUUCCUCCUACAUCAGAUUCUCAGGAGGGGUCCCGCGGGGGUCCAUAAGGCCAUCAUUGUUCCCGCUCCCCGGCCCCCGCGCGGUUGCUAAGCGCCCGUCACGCGCGGCUCUCAGCAUUCAGACUCCAAACAAGGCAUCAGACGCUACAUUCUGUCUCUGUCAGGCCGCCGGUUGCCGUGGAGACGGGGGGUGUCUGUUGGCGGGACUCGCGCUCUGAUGUGGAGCGGCGGGGCAGUUCGGCUGGCCCGGGGUUAGAACGGGGUAACAAGUCAUUUGGAGCGGAUUAAACGCCCAGAAUGAUGUCCUGACCCUGUGUCUGAAGAAACCGCAUAGUGGGACUGUGCAUCACAUGAAGAAACCGAUCAACCCUUAAAUCAUGAUGUGAAAAUAAAAU